UCUGCGUCGUCUUCACUCUAUACUCCGCUCCAGACACAUCCGACAGACAUGGCUCCGUGAGACAGCACAUGGCGGCUAUCAGCCAUGAACCAAAAACAACUCACCAAAACCACAGCCAAAUGCAUCAAUAAGGGCCCGUUUUAAUUUGCACCGGAGUCUUCAGCAUUUUAAGAGCGCAAUCUAACGCACAACUCCACAGGGGGGCGUAACUUUUUUUUUUUUAAAUGAGUUUCCCUAUUUAAAUCAUUUUUCCGUGUUUUUAAUUUUUUUCCGUUCAACUUUUAACUCGGAAUCCUUUAAUCGACAGCCAUCAUGGGAGUGCAGGGUUUCCAGGAAUACAUCGAGAAACACUGUCCGAGCGCCGUUGUCCCAGUGGAGCUCCAAAAACUCGCCCGGGGAAGCCUAGUCGGGGGAGGCCGUCAGAGACCGCCCCAGAGUCCGCUGCGGCUGCUGGUAGACGCCGAGAAUUGUCUACACCGCCUCUAUGGUGGCUUUUACACCGACUGGGUGAGCGGCGGUCAGUGGAACCACAUGCUGGGUUACUUGGCGGCCCUUGCCAAGGCCUGCUUCAAUGGCAACAUAGAGCUGCUGGUGUGCUUCAAUGGCGCCCUCGAGAAAGGCCGCCUUCACGAAUGGGUCAAGCGGCAAGUGAACGAGAGACAAACCGCGCAACAGAUCAUCAGCCACAUCCAGAACAAGGGCACUCCGCCACCCAAGGUCUGGUUCCUGCCUCCCGUGUGCAUGGCGCACUGCAUCCGCCUGGCGUUACUCCGCUUCCACAUCGGGGUUGCACAGAGCAUUGAGGAUCAUCAUCAAGAAGUUAUUGGCUUGUACAGAGAGAAUGGCUUCCAUGGCUUGGUAGCUUACGACUCUGAUUAUGCUUUGUGCAACAUUCCUUACUACUUUAGCGCUCAUGCCCUGAAACUAAGUCGAAAUGGAAAGAGCCUGACGACCAGUCAGUACCUAAUGCACGAAGUUGCCAAGCAGUUGAAUCUCAAUCCAAACCGUUUUGUCAUCUUUGCUGCACUUUUGGGUAACCACAUUCUGCCCGAUGAAGACUUGGCUGCCUUUCAUUGGAGUUUACUUGGCCCAGAACAUCCCUUAGCAUCCUUAAAGGUUCGUGCACACCAGCUUGUUUUGCCACCAUGUGAUGUAGUUAUCAAAGCUGUUUCUGACUACGUCCGUAACAUUCAAGAUGUUAGUGAUCUGGAAUCUAUUGCUAAGGAUAUUUUCAAGCAUUCACAGUCAAGAACAGAUGACAAGGUUGGGCGUUUUAAGAAAGCUGUGGAGUACUACUCGGCAGCCAGCAAACCUCUGCAGUAUCCCUAUAUAGUUAGACCAAAUCAAUUUGGAGUGCCAGGCCCCACCCAGCAGUACACAUCAGCCCCAAUGCUAAACAUUCCGCAGAGCCACCAUUCAGCCACUUUAGGGAUAUCCAGUCAAGGAACUUCUUCCAGUCCAAAUGUCUACCCAACUAGUCUGGCCGACUCCAACCUAAACCUGGAUAAUGGGAUCAGAAAAAGUUUGCCAGAACAGAACCACUUCAGCAACAUUCCUUCUGAAGGAAAACACACUCCACUCUAUGAGCGUUCCUCACCUAUCAACCCUGCCCAAGGUGCCAGUCCUAACCACGUGGACCCCACCUACUUCAAUGCAUCUUCAACAUCCUCUUCAUCAGAGAAUGAGGAAAAUGGUGGGGUUUCAGCCAAUCAUGUUGGAUGCAAACCAUCAUGGGAUAAGCAAGGAAUUCCUUCAGAAAGCUUAUCUGGCGGAGACUCAAUUGACCAAACUAGGGCAGAUGGCUGCUCUGUUUCCUCUUCAGGAGGCCAGCUUGUGGAAGGCAGAGGGGGUCACUCCAACAAUUCACCCAUCCCAUCUCUUCUAUCAAUGUCCACAAGGAACCACAUGGAUAUCACAACUCCUCCACUACCUGCUGUGGCCCCAGAGGUCCUGCGUGUGGCAGAACACAGACACAAGAAAGGGCUCAUGUAUCCGUACAUUUACCACAUCCUCACUAAGGGCGAGAUAAAGAUACCAGUCACAAUAGAAGAUGAAGCAAAUAAAGACCUGCCUUCAGCUUCUCAACUCUACCGUCCUAUCCGCCAAUAUGUGUAUGGAGUUCUCUUCAGCCUUGCAGAGGCUCGGAAAAAAGCAGAGAGAAUGGCAUUGAGACGCAACAAGCUUCCUGAAUACCUCCCAGUGAUCAUCAAAGAAUGGGCAGCAUAUAAAGGCAAAUCACCCCACACACCUGAGCUGGUAGAGGCCCUAGCUUUCCGGGAAUGGACCUGUCCCAACCUAAAGAAACUUUGGUUGGGUAAGGCAGUGGAGGAUAAAAACCGCAGAAUGAGGGCUUUUCUGGCCUGCAUGAGAUCGGACACCCCAGCUAUGUUGAACCCAGCCAAUGUUCCCACCCAUCUGAUGGUGCUGUGCUGUGUCUUGAGGUUCAUGCUACAGUGGCCAGGAAUGAGAAUCCUGCGUCGCCAUGAGCUCGAUGCUUUCUUAGCCCAAGCAGUUUCUCCUAAACUCUAUGAACCUGACCAGCUGCAGGAACUGAAGAUCGACAGCCUUGAUCCUCGGGGUAUUCAGCUGGCCGCUCUGUUCAUGAGCGGUGUUGAUAUGGCUCUUCUUGCUAAUGAUGUUUGUGGGCAGCCUAUCCCUUGGGAGCACUGCUGUCCAUGGAUGUACUUUGAUGGCAAACUCCUACAAAGCAAACUUAUAAGAGCCAACAGGGAUAAAGCUCCCUUAAUUGACCUCUGUGAUGGUCAGGCCGAUCAGGUUGCAAAAGUAGACAAAAUGCGCCAGAGCAUUCUGGAGGGGUUGAAUCUUUCCCGUCCAGUUCAUGCUGUUCCAUUUCCACCACCUGGAAUGCAGUUCUACCCAGGAAACCUCUACCCAGUUCCCCCAAUGCCUCUACACCCAAGUCGAGGAAGAGGACUACCUGGUGUCCAGGCUAUUCCUUCUCAAGGAGGAAAACUUGAAAUUGCUGGCACUGUUGUUGGACAAUGGGCUGGCAGCAAGCGUGGACGAGGGAGGGGAACAUUUCCUAUCCAGGUUGUUUCUGUUGGCGGGCCAAGCAGAGGGCGGCCACGAGGUGUCAUCUCAACUCCUGUUAUUAGGACUUUUGGACGAGGGGCUAAAUACCACCACAGCAGAGGCUUCAAAAAUCAGGGGGCAUACCAGCAGAGCAGACCUGCUUAUGCUGCCUCAGCAUGUGAAGUAAACAAAGAAAGAAAAAAGCCCAAGCCUGAAGAAGGCAAGCCUUUUGCCCAGUCCUCAGAUGGCUACUUUGCAGAGAAUGGAGUGGAAGGCAAGGCAGCUUCCCACUUGAAUGGAAACGCGGGGGAAGUUGGACCUCCCAGCAAGCCUGAAAGUGCCUUGAGUAAUGACUCUAAAAUGUGCAAUACAAAUGCUCACUUAAAUGCACUAAACGCAGACAGCGCCUAUCUCGGAGACGAAGCUCUGAGCACGUCUGUCUUAAAAAAAGAAGAGUAAACCUAUUUUUAUAGAGAGGGGGAAGGAUGAUGGAAGGUUUAGGUUUUGGAAUAUCUGGAAAGAAGGAAAGCCUACAGUUGAGUACAUUUUUUCCUCUCCGUAAGAGAAAAAUGAGGACUUUGGAAAUUCAAAUUCCUCUUUUGGUGUCAACAUGAUUAAGCAAGAGUAGUGUCUUUUGUUACUUUUUUAUUUUGAUUUCAAAAUAAAGACAAAACCAGUUGCGGUCAUAAUGCUAGGAACAUAAGGUGCAUUUGACUCCCGACAAUAAUGAUCUGCAUAAACGUUUCAAAACUGCUCUGGAAAUAAUGAAGCAGAUAAGUGCGUUCAUUUGACAGAUUUAAGUGCUUUUAGGUUCUCAGAUUCUUGGCACCAGAUAUAUGCCAUUGUAAUUGACUUGUGUUGUGUCACACUAAAUGCUUAUUUGAGACUUCACAAUUUACAGAAGUAACACACAACCAUAAGCCCUUUUGGGAUAUCACUGUUUUCAUGUUUACUUUAUCUUUUUCUUUAAUGUGCAAAAAAAAAAAAAAUAAAUUGUCAAAUUGAUUACCUGCAGAUUGAAUAAUGGCGGCUUACAUUCUGACAAUCUGAAUGCACAUCAUAUUUCACUAUAUAAAUAACGUGUUAGAAAAUAAUUUAAAUACAUAUAAAAAUCAGUGAAAUUGCAAACUACCUUUUCAAAGAUGUAAGACAUGAGGCAUUCUGCUCCAUUUUGCAUCUGGAAAUGCCAUGCAUCCGUGAUCAUUGAACAAUGUAGUUUCUCAAAUCAGAAUUUUAGAGCAUUAGCACUGUUUCAGCUAAACUUUCUGCAUGGUUCAUGGUUUUUAAGAAGUGUGUACUUAUUAUGCAUGUUCUCCUUUUUCUCCAUUCUUACAGGUACUGUGCCCAUUUACAAAAUUUUACAAAGGCUUAACAAUCAGUACUAGUCCUAUAAGAAAAGUGUUAACUGUUUAGUCAGUAACUGAUUUGCUCUAACCUUUUAAAUUUUGUCGUUAUUGACCUCUGUUGCAUUUUAUUCAAGAAAAUUUACAAAAAAAAUAUCUAGCCACUUUGAAUAUUAAUGUUAACCCUGAAGUAUUCAUUAUUGUAUACAUUAUUGUUCUCUGUUGCUGUUUUAUGCAUUCAUAUUAGAAAAAUGAACAUCUCUCUGAUAAAAGUAUAAAUGAAACAAGCUUUGAAUUUGGGGAAAAAGGGAAAAAUGUUGCCCCCUUUUUUGGUAGCUGAAUAUCAGUUUGCAGUUUGCUUGACCUUCCCAUCACGAAUUUAGCAUAAGUAAAUAAAUCUGUACUCAUUUUGAUGUUUUAUUAGUGUUUCCAAACUUACUGUAACUCUGAAUCAGAAUCACUACUUGUUAAUCUUAUUUUCCGUUUAAUCCUCCUGAUGCUCUUCCUCGCACAUUAGUGAUCAGAAAUAAAGUGUAAACCCCCUCCCACCCCCUGCCCGCAAAAGCUAACUAGAUUACUGUGAUGUAAGUUGAAAGGAGUUCUACCGAAACUCAUGGAUUGUAAAAGAAUGGACUACUGUUGGGUUGGCCGAGUGUUGAUGGGAUUGUCAUGUGAUGUACUUGAAGGCUAUUGAAUGCAACUUACAAUGCUUAAUAAAAGUCUCUAUUCUUUUAGUAUACAAA